AGUUUACUUAACGCUGUAGGAAGAGGUCUGUAUCCAGCAGAUGAACUUCUCUCGUUUUUUCUUUCUCUCGCUCUCGUUCUCGUUCUCGUUCGCUUGCUCGCAAGCAAAAUCCAUUUGAGCUCGAAAAUUUACACCGUCACCAGAGGCAAGAUCUUUCUCCAUCAAUUGGCAUUCUUAAUUUUCAUCUGCAAUGGACAAAGCAAGCGCAUUGGAGUACAUCAAUCAGAUGUUCCCUACUGAGGCAUCUUUAUCUGGCGUUGAGCCGCUUAUGCAAAAGAUACAUAGUGAGAUACGCCAUGUUGAUGCUGGAAUACUAGCCGCUGUUCGCCAACAGAGCAAUUCGAGAACCAAAGCCAAGGAAGACCUUGCUGCUGCUACUCAUGCUGUGGAGGAACUCAUGUACAAGAUACGAGAAAUAAAAACCAAAGCUGAGCAGAGUGAGACAAUGGUUCAGGAAAUAUGCCGUGACAUUAAGAAGUUGGAUUUUGCAAAGAAGCAUAUAACAACUACUAUUACUGCUCUUCAUCGUCUGACCAUGUUGGUGUCUGCUGUUGAGCAGCUUCAGAUAAUGGCUUCUAAACGACAGUAUAAAGAGGCAGCUGCUCAGCUAGAGGCAGUAAACCAAUUAUGUAGUCAUUUCGAGGCCUACAGAGAUAUACCAAAAAUUACAGAACUCAGAGAGAAGUUUAAAAAUAUCAAACAAAUACUCAAGUCACAUGUGUUUUCAGAUUUCUCAAGCUUAGGUACUGGGAAAGAAUCAGAAGAACCUAAUUUACUGCAGCACUUAUCUGAUGCAUGCUUAGUUGUUGAUGCCUUGGAGCCAUCUGUGAGGGAAGAGUUGGUAAAUAAUUUUUGCAGCAGGGAGCUUACUUCAUACGAACAAAUCUUUGAAGGAGCUGAGCUAGCUAAGCUCGACAAAACUGAACGAAGGUAUGCAUGGAUCAAGCGUCGAAUAAGAACAAAUGAGGAGAUAUGGAAGAUCUUUCCUUCCUCAUGGCAUGUUCCGUAUCGGCUUUGUAUUCAGUUCUGUAAGAAGACAAGGAAACAACUAGAGGGAAUACUCGAAAAUCUCAAAGAGAAGCCAGAUGUUGGAACUUUGUUGCUGGCACUACAACGAACUUUAGAAUUUGAGGAUGAAUUAGCAGAAAAAUUUGGAGGCGGCUCUACUAGUAGAGAGAUUGGGAAUGAGAUAGAAGAAAUUGGCAGGGACAGUAAUAGUCAAACUGUAUCAGAUAUUCGAAAAAAGUACGAAAAAAAGCUUGCAGCUAAUCAAGGAGAGCCUGAACAGGAGAAGGAUGAAAGUAAAGAUUUAUCAGUACCAGGAGCUGGGUUCAACUUCCGUGGAAUUAUUUCAUCUUGCUUUGAGCCUCAUUUGACGAUUUAUGUUGAAUUGGAGCAGAAGACUCUGAUGGAGAAUCUCGACAAACUUGUUCAGGAGGAAACUUGGGAUAUCGAGGAGGGCAGUCAGAAUAAUGUUUUAUCCAGUAGCAUGCAGUUGUUUCUUAUAAUCAAGAGGAGCUUAAAGAGGUGCAGUGCGCUGACAAAGAACCAGACUUUAUAUAAUUUGUUUAAGGUAUUCGAAAGAAUUCUAAAAGCAUAUGUUGUGAAGCUUAAAGCAAGACUACCAAAGGGUGGUAUGGGUAUUGUUGCUGCUGCUACAGGCAUGGAUGGGCAAAUAAAGAUGUCUGACAGAGAUGAAAAGGUGAUCUGCUAUAUUAUCAAUUCAGCUGAGUACUGCCGAAAAACGUCAGGUGAACUGGCUGAAAGUGUAUCCAAAAUCAUUGAUCCUCAAUUAGCAGCAGGGGUGGAUAUGUCAGCAGUUGAGGAGGAGUUUUCGGGACUUAUUACAGAAGCAUUAAUGACUCUAGUGCAUGGCCUGGAAACUAAAUUUGAUACUGAAAUGGUGACGAUGACACGUGUUCCAUGGGGAACACUUGAAAGUGUUGGUGACCAAUCAGAGUAUGUCAAUGGCAUAAAUAUGAUCCUUACAAGCAGCAUUCCUGUACUUGGAAACCUUCUGUCUCCAAUUCAUUUUCAAUAUUUUUUGGACAAGCUGGCAUCAUCUCUUGGUCCACGAUUUUAUGCCAACAUUUUCAAAUGCAAGCACAUAUCAGAAACUGGAGCACAACAAAUGCUUUUAGAUACUCAAGCUGUAAAGACGAUUCUUCUAGAGAUUCCUUCCCUUGGUCGACAGACAUCAAGUGCCGCUAGCUAUUCAAAGUUUGUGAGCCGUGAAAUGAGUAAAGCUGAAGCACUUUUGAAGGUUAUACUCUCCCCGGUAGAUUCUGUGGCAGAUACAUACAGGGCAUUGCUACCUGAGGGAACACCAAUGGAGUUUCAGCGUAUCCUGGAGCUUAAGGGUCUUAAAAAGGCAGAUCAGCAGAGUAUACUGGAUGACUUUAACAAACAGGGGCCAGCAAUUACACAGCCUUCGAUUGCACCUUCAGUUGUACCUGCUGCUGCAGCUGCUCCAGCUCCUGCAAUUACAAAUCCAACGGCUGGAUUUAUCACUUCCCGAGAAGAUGUGCUUACAAGAGCAGCUGCACUUGGACGAGGUGCUGCAACAACUGGGUUCAAGAGGUUCCUUGCUCUAACAGAAGCUGCUAAAGACAGGAAGGAUGGACCUUUUAGAAAACUCUUCAAUGCCUGAGAUGUUCAUAUAAAAUGUAAGCUUAUGUGCUUUGGUUCUUCCUUCAUUCAUUUAUGAGAGAUAUGUGUUUCUUUUCUUGACUUUAUUUUUUAUAUUACAAUGUCAAUACCCAGGAAAGAAAAUUUUGUAUAAAACUUCCAGAAUAUAAAAUAAUUCAAUGAUCAGAGAGUUGUCCUUUAGGCUA